AUGCACGACGAGUACAGCCUCGUUGGGAGUGUGGAUGGGUUGGCUCUCUCUCUCGCCCUCAUUCUGCUGCACCCUAUCCUCUACCUCCCCCCGUCCAAUGGCGGCCACCCAACUUGGCAAGUCCAAACUCGUGCGGCAGACGUCAAGAUUUAUCACCGCCCUGUGGCACUUGCCCAAGCACCUGUAAACCACGAUAUACGUGCAAAUCUGCUACUGCAGAACGUGAACAGUCAACACAUGGACUUCACGGUAUCCCAGAACACCGCGCCAACGCUCACCACAGCGCGAUUCGGCGCGAGAGUGACCGUCACCGACCACAAUCCAGCGCCAAGAUCACUCAACAUCGCCGGUCGCGUGGCCAAAUGGUACGGCGUCUGA